UUUUUACAGUCCUGGACUCUGGAUAGCUCUCUUAGUGAAGAGAAUAGAGCUGCUAUUGAGAAGAUGUUACAGGAGGAAGAAUACUAUCUGACAGGGAAAAAGCAUCGACAAAACAGCUGGCCUGAUCACCAAGAGAGUGAGAAAAUACAUGUGAAAAGUAUUCGUCAGAAGAAAGCUGUGAAAAGCCGGACUCCUGGAACAACAAGCAGUUCUUGGCCAGCACGCUGGACAGCAAAGGAGAAAGAACUGUUUGAGCAAGGGCUGGCCCAGUUUGGUCGGAGAUGGACAAAAAUUGCAAAGCUAAUUGAAUCACGAACUGUGCUGCAAGUGAAAAGUUAUGCCAGACAGUAUUUUAAGACAAAGGCAAGAAAUGAAAACCCUGUGGAAGAGGCAAGUAUUUGGUCUGCAAAACCAACUUUUGUGUCUGGAAAUGGUGCCAGCUUUUUGAAGAUAGAAUCAGAGCAUUACAGUCCUACAUUAGCAAAAGGUCAGGUUUAUCCCACUGUCAAUGCUGUUAAGAUUGAGCAUAUGUCUGAUGAUGAAGAUGUGGACGUCAUGGAUGAAACAGAUAGUGAGAGUGAUGGGCUUCAGGAGCAGAAGGGAAGACUAACCCAACCUGCUUCAAAGACGAAUGAACCUGAGGUGACUACUUGUAACAGUGCAUCUGGAUUAGAUGACUCUGCAACUUCCACUGUGGUUUUGCAAAAAUGUUUACAGGUGACAGACAUAAAACAAGUGUCCAAGCAUAAUGCCACAAAUAGUAAUAAAACAAAUAAUUUGAAGUCCAUAAUUGAUGACAGUCGAGAAAAUGAAAGAUCGGUAAAAACAGCCAAUGUAGACUUUGUAGACUACAGCAAAUGUGGACUUCCAAUGGAGACCAAUGAAGGAUUAGGAGUGCAAAUACCUGAUUUUCUCGAGUUUAACCAAUUAGAGGAAAAAGAAAAAAUCCAUAAUGAUAUCUGUGCAUAUAGUUUGCCAGAAUCAGUUUGUGAAAUGGAAGGGGAUGAAGAGACCUGUGAUAGCGAAGGAGAAAUAUUGAAAGCUCCCACACAAGAAGUAAUAUUGGACAAAAACAUGAUCACAGAAGAUGAAAAACAAGCUAUCCCUGAGUUUUUUGAAGGACGGUCAUCAAAAACACCGGAACGCUUUCUGAAAAUUCGCAACUAUAUCUUGGAUCAGUGGGAGAAGUCUAAACCCAAAUAUCUGAAUAAAACAUCAGUGCGACCAGGAUUAAAAAAUUGUGGAGAUGUGAAUUGCAUUGGACGGAUACACACAUACCUGGAGCUAAUUGGAGCUAUAAAUUUUGACUGUGAGCAGGCAAUAUAUCAUCGACCACGACCUGCAGACCGAGCACGUAAUAAAGAGGAAGGAAAGGACAGUGAACAGACAUAUUUGCUUGCUCAAAGAUUGCAGUCCAUGCGUACCAGAAGACGGCGGGUGCGAGAUUCUUGGGGCAACUGGUGUGAUGCAAAGGAUCUGGAGGGACAAACUUUUGAGCAUUUCACAACAGAAGAAUUGGCCAGGAGGCAGGAAGAAGAGUUGAACAAGCCUCCAAAACCAGCAAGAGGCCCUCGCCAGUCGAAGAGCUCUUUUGACCCUUUCCAGCUUAUCCCGUGUCACUGCUUCAGUGAAGAGAAACCAGAGCCGUUUCAAGUGAAGGUAGCUUCAGAGGCGUUGCUAGUAAUGGAUAUGCAUGCCCAUGUAUCAAUGGCAGAAGUGAUCGGCCUGUUAGGUGGGCGAUAUUCAUCAGGAAAGAAAGUAUUAGAGAUCUGUGUUGCAGAGCCAUGUAACAGCUUAAGCACAGGAUUACAGUGUGAGAUGGACCCAGUGUCACAAACACAGGCAUCUGAGGCCCUAGCUGGAAGAGGAUACAGCAUUGUUGGAUGGUACCAUUCCCAUCCUGCAUUUGAUCCUAAUCCAUCCUUAAGAGACAUUGACACCCAGGCUAAAUACCAGAAUUAUUUUUCACGUGGAGGAGCUCAGUUCGUUGGGAUGAUCAUCAGUCCAUAUAAUAGAAGUAACUCCUUGCCUUAUUCCCAGGUGACAUGUCUUAUAGUUAGUGAUGAACUCAGCACAGAUGGCCGUUUCCGACUUCCAUAUAAGUGUGAGUUGAAGCAAAUGAAUGAAGAGCCUCUUUGGGUGCAAAUGAUAGAUAAAGCACGCUGGAUAAUGGAGAAGUAUAAGCUAUCCCUCAGUAGUGUUCCAAUGCUCCACAUGUUUCACAGAGAUUCCAAUUUGACAUGUUUGCAGAAGUGGUUGAAGUUUGUGACUGGUUAA